GGUGUAGAAUGCAUUAAAGCUAUAGAAAGUCCUUAAAUAUUUAAUUUACGAUCAAAAUGGAUGCUGCACGAUCGAUCAAUGAGGAGAAACAGAAUUUUUUUACUUACAUUAUAGAACAGCAAUGGCUUAUGUUCGUUCUGCUAGGGGUCAUUAUGGUAGGCAUAAGGUUGUUCAACAUGAGGCAGCGCGCUCAGCAUCAACAGUUGCUUCGAGAGACCAUUAUGGUUGAAUUGGGCUACACUAAAAACGCUCGUAGAAAGAAAACUGAGUGAAAUUUUAUUAAAAGCAAGUGCACUUAGUGCAAUCGUUGCCGAUAACGACCGAGCUAUGAUGUGCGCAUCUAUUGUAGUUUUGAAUACAACUAACGUAAA